AUGUUCGCCUUUGCUCUCCUCGCCCUCUCGGGCCUCGCUAACGCCCUUACCAUGCACACGCCUGCCUCUCUCACCCAGUGCCAGCCCAUCAAGCUGUCGUGGGAGACCGGUGUCCCCCCCUUCUACCUUUCCAUCGUUCCCGGCGGCCAGACCAGCGCCCAGCCCCUCGUGGCGUUCCCCACCACCAACGCCAUGUCGCAGACCUGGAUGGUCAACCUCCCCGCCGGCACUUCGGUCACCAUCAUGGUCACCGACAGCACCGGUGAGAUGUCCGUCACCUCGCCCGUCUCGGUCAUGGCUGGCUCGAAUGCGGACUGCAUGAAGGAGGACUCGUCGUCGUCGGCGUCGUCUGCCUCGGCGCCUGCCGUCUCUUCGCCCGCCGCGCCUGCCGCGUCCUCGCCUGCCCCGAUCCCCGCCGCUUCGUCGCCCGUGCCCGUGCCCGCCGUGUCGUCGCCCUCCGCGCCCGCCGCCGCGGUUUCGCCCUCGGCCUCGGCCUCGCCCGCCUCCGCCGCCGCCGCCUCCGCCUCGCGCGCCGUCUCCUCGGCUGCCGUCACCCCCUCGGCCGCCGCUGCUGGGUCCGGUGCCGGCCGUGUUGCUGUCGGCGGCGCUGUCGCCGCCGUCGCGGGCAUCGUCGCCCUCGCCGCCUUUUAA